UCCAAACGGGUGGUAGUACAAAGUUUACUAGUAAUCAAUGGCGUGACAUAGCAUAGCACACUUAAAACUACUUGAAGAUCAUUUGUAUAGGUUGUAUUGAAUUUAUAUAAAAAGUAACGUCGAUGUGGAUAUUAUACUAAUGUUGUGUUUCUUCAUAACCAAGUAAUCGAGUAACUCAAGUUAUUUCUUAAUAAAUAAUAAGAAUUAUAUAUUUUAUUCAGUCUAAAAAAUAACAAGCUAUACUGAAUGACAGUGGAAUACAAAUUCUCUGCUAGCUACUGCAUUAUUAGAUUCCGUUAAUAGGGCAGCCAUAAAACAUUUUAAUCUAAAGAACUGAUGGAGCAACAAAGAGUGAAACGAUCGUGUGAUGUAAUUACAAUAAAACUAAAAUGACAGUGCUUGUGAUAUGUAAUAGCCAGUUAAAUGCAUAGUGAACGAUGGAUACAUCAACUUUAAGACAUGUUAUGAUCUCCGAUGAAAAAUGUAAAGAAGAACAAACUUAAACAUGGGUAGCAGAGGAGUCGGGGAUAUUCCUACAAUAUUUCAUCCCCAGCAGACUCAUACCUCAAGUAUUAUUCUUGGUGAUAAUCAGCAGAAUCAUGGCUCUCAAAACACUGCUGGACAAAUUACUCAUGACAAUUCUGGCUGUGAACAGCAACAAGGAUGUAGCGUUAGUGGUGGCUGUGGUGAUUCUGUACCGAGUUGUCGUUCUUUGGAAACAACUAGAAGCGGAGUUGGUUCUGGAGGAAGUGCAGAUAAUCAAGGGCACAAUACAAAUCAAACUCAAGUUCAAUCUCAUGUGACAGUACCACCAGUUACUUAUCAACAAAGGCCCAACUCCUUAUCCACUUGUUACGCAUCUUGUUGCGCCGAAUCUGCAAAAAAGAUAUAUUUUGGAGUGUGCGUCACAAUAUGUGUCACAGCAAGUUGGGUCGGUGCGACACAUUGUAUCAGAUAUUUGUAUUUUUACAAAUACGAAACUCCUAAUUAUUCAUCGUUUUCUAACUCAUCUAUUACAGGGCGUCAUCAACAUACAGCUUCAUACAAUGCUCCAUUCUUCACAACCUGGUUUUGUACGAAUUGGGAAAUUCUUUACUUCCCAGUUUACUUCAUUUGCCAAUCUGCAAGAAUCAAAUGUAAUACUCCAUCUGAAAUAAUUGCAGAGAGUUUACGAGGUUUCCGCGACAAAGGAUUUACCGGUGGUCGUUUUUUGAUCAGAUGUAGUCUUUUUUGUGGUCUCUGGGUAGUUACAAACUAUAUGUAUAUUUAUUCGCUCAGGAUACUACUAGCUACCGAUGUAAUGGCACUUUUCGCAACCAACGUAUCUUGUGUAUAUUUGUUAUCAUGGGUGAUCCUUCAUGAGCAAUUUGUUGGAGUAAGGAUAGUAGCAGUGAUUUUAUGCAAUACUGGAAUUGCACUUUUAGCGUACAUGGAUGGCAUUACUGGAAGUCCAACGUUAGGUGGCGUUGUUCUGGCAACAUCGGCAGCAGCUGGUUCGGCAGUUUACAAGGUGCUGUUUAAGAAAGUCAUAGGAGAAACAACAUUUGGUCAAAUGUCUUUAUUCUUUUCUCUUAUUGGGUUGUGUAAUGCGGCGUUGUUAUGGCCAAUUUGUUUGGCUCUUUACUUUUCGGGAGCAGAAAGCAUACACUGGGGACGAUUGCCAUGGACGGCAUUACUUUCAGCAAGCAUUUUACACUUAGUUGCAAACAUGCUUGGUAACUUCAGUAUUGCUCUGACCUACGACCUGUUCAUUACGCUAGGAUUGAUCACCGCUGUACCUGUAUCUGCUGCAUUGGAUGUUCUUUUAUACGGAGCCCAUUUCAUGGGGAUGAAAUUGGCAGGAAUGAUUUUUAUAGCAGUCGGCUUCUUUCUCGUGAUGUUUCCAGAUAAUUGGCCAGAUUAUAUAACCAGGCUGCUUCGUACCACGGGUGGGCAGCAACGCAGGAGUACUUUUGCUAGAGGCCGCUGUCCCUCAAUACAACAACGGCAGUAUCGGCUGCGAAGUUACGGUGUGCCGUCGACUCAUGGCGAUGGUCAAAUGUUACUACCAAUGAACAACAGUAACAGCAGUCAAGUUAACAGCAACCAGUCAAGCAGCGAACCACCGAUGACAACGACCGCGAAUCUGACACAUCGGCAUAUUAACUCAUCCCAGCAGAACAACACGGCUUCCGAAUCCCAACGUCGCCGAGUCCCUAUUUCCAUCACGACCUCAACCUUGACUCCGAUUUCAACUUCCAUCACAACGACUAUCUCGACUUCGACCUCGACCUCAACCUCGAUCACAACCUCGAUCACGACGAAUAGUCAUCAACGUUCCCAUCCUCCUGGCCUUCAGAACUAAUUUCAAGAUGGAGUAGAAGACACGGACACGGCGUAUCAGGAGGCACGCAACGCGACGUGAUCGAUUAUCGCACGGGUUACAUAAAAUCACACCUUCGUUCACCGUCGGGAAGAGUUCGGUGACUAGGUGUACUAUCGCUUCAAUUACAGGUAGAAUUGAUUUGCCAAAGAAAUAAUGUAUGGACUUUCACAACGUUAACAUUUUAAUCGAAAAGGUCCCAAAGAAUGAAUGCCGGUAAUAACAAAUACGGUAAGCAAUAUCGGAAGGGAUUCUUCGUUGCAAUAAAAAUUCGUUCCAAUUUUUUUUUAUUGCAUUUGUCUUUCAGAAUACUAAUAAAAGAAGUUAAAAGAAGCUAUUAUAAAUUUUCUCUUUCAAUAAUUCUAAAAUAAGUAUGCAUAUAUUUUUAUUGAAAAUCUUAAACCAAAUAAUGUUCAGAUAAGCGGUAAAUAUUACCUUUUUUCUUCUCAAGCUGUACGACAUUCUUCAACAUAUUAUUUAGAUUGUUUGUUUUUGAUCAAUUAAUCCGUAUUAUUAAGCAAAGAUUAUAAUUAUGUGUAAAAGUGAAUGGAUCCAAAUCGACAAAAGUUCUUAUCGAAGCAUUAUAGCAAAUCAUAUAUUUUCUAUUUGAUAAGUAUGGAAUACCUUUAGAAAAUUUGUUAUAAAGAAACAUCGUAUUUGAGUUCAAUAAUAUUUUUAUCGACUUCGAAUUUAUUUUCAGUUAUACAAUUACUUCAUAUUUUUUUAUAAAAUUCAAAUGUAUUCAUGAUAAAUCAGUUGAUUUUAGUAAUCAGUUUCAGUGCGUCUCAAACACUAAUAUUGAAAAAUAUUAUAUUUUACAUGCAACGUUUUAUCAUUUUUCUCAUUUAUAUCUAUAUGUCUGUUAUAUCUAUGUGUCUGUUUCCGUCAAUCCCUUGACGUGGACACGAUCGUUGUACACCGAAUAACUGUAUGUUAUCAGCUACGAUGUACGAAUCCGUGGGAAUGAACUGAAGCGAAACUCUUGUUAAUCAAAUAAUAACAAGCAAAGUUUGAACUUUAACAGAAACAUGUGAGAAUGAAUAUAGCACGUGUAUAUGCGUAUAUGUACGUUUUUUUUGACUGAGUGUAUACCUAUGUGUGUUUGAUCGAUGAUUACUUUGAAUAUGUAAAUGUUCAAGAAUGCCUGUUUCGUACGAGGGUUGAAGGAUGCUGUGUCGAAAGUUGAAACGUAUCUGAACUGCUCGAACGUUAGGAAUGUCUCGAUCUCGGCUCAAUCUUUCACAUUGCCGUAGCGCAUCUUUCUCUGGCAAGGCUGAGGUGCUAUCCGAAGUAAUGAGAAGUAUCCGGGUUUUGCGGAAAUUGUGUUUUCCGGGUUUGCUUAGAAACUUGUAUCCUUACAAUAUGCUUCCAAAUUACCCUUUGGAAAUACCGAAUUUAUAACAUAUCCGUGGCUAUUGAGUGCGAAAUAAAUUAAAAUUCUAAAGAGCGAUUUGUCUAUGACCUCCCUAGAUUCCAGCUCAAAAGUAGCCCCCUGUAUAAUCGUUCUAUAAGCUUUUCUGACAAAGACUUCGCGUGGCUCUUUUAUGUGUUCCAGAUAGAACAAUUUCUAAAUAUAGAAAUAAGAAUUAUCAAUCAUGUAUGUGCCACUUUGAUCGAUGACGUUAUUCCAUGUUUCUGGUAGUUGAAAGAUCUUCCCCUUGUAGAAUUCUUGAGACUUAGCGAAAAACUGACCUACGUGGUUUUAGCAGGAGUUGCCAUUUCCUUCCUGAAUUUUCGAAAUCAUUGCAGAAAAAACGGAAGAAAGAAAAGAAGUCAACUUUAUGAAAAUAUCGAUAAUGUAUAAAGAUUAAGUAAUAAUUUCGCUUGUGAUGCUUCAAUUAUUGAUUUCGUUAGCCUUUAACAUUUUGGUGACUCUAUAUGACACUAAGAAGAGUAUAUAAACAAUUUUAUUAAAAAUCUUUGUAACAUUUUAACAUAAAACAUUUUAAGUACAUAGCACUUUAUUUUGGCUACGAUAAAUAUCUCAAUCAUUGAAAAAUAAACCUGUCUUUUUAUGGCAUUCGAAUAAUCUACUAUCUAUUUUAUAUUUAUUAUUCUAUUAUAGAAUAAUAAAAUUAUUUAAAAUGAAUCUGUAAAAGUGUUAAUUACAUAAUAGAUAUAUUCUGUAAACGUCAAAUUGUAUGCUUAUGUAAUACAUUCAAAAGUUUGUAAGUACAUUUUUUACGUGAUAUCACAAUAAUUAUACAGCAAUUAUAUGUUAUAUCUUAUUAAAUCUAUCGUAAAGUAGGAAAUUUUGCUUAAUAAUGCAAGUUAUUUUCAGUUAGAGAAAUAUAAUAAUAAGAAACACUGUUGUGACAACACUGAAUGGCUGAAUAGAAUUUUUAUAUCCAAUUUUAAACGAAAAGAAAUUUUAUCGAAAUAAUUUUCUAUAAAAAAUGGCAACAACUUGUUUUACUUUACAAAAUGGAUUUUCUGUUAAAUAAGUAAAUUAUGAGUUCCGUAAAGGAUUAUUAUACAACAAUAUCGUUAUUAUACAAAAACAAUCCAUUCGAAAAAAUACCGAAGGUUAUUAAUAUAUAACAGAAUCAUAAUUGUAACAAUUAUAAUAUUAAAAUUAAGAGUAGAUUAUAGGUUUGUUGAUCGGAGAGCGAAUAAAUUUUAACUUGUAUUUCAAGUAAUAAUGUCUUAUUUAGAAAUUACUAUAAAUAACUACUGUUAAUAUGUAUUAAUUAAAUUAUUAUUGGUAACUACCUUAAAUAUUAUAAAACUAUUUAAUUGUAUCGUAUUAUAUUUUAAACAGAUAAACUAUUUUCAUUAACGUCGUAUAUUGAACUUUGAUAAGCUAAUUUGACUAUAAUAAAAUUAUAUUCGAUUAAAGUAAUAUUUUAUUUAAUUUUCUGGUAUCUAAAUAAACAAAGAUUAUGACAUUAACCACCUAGUCAAGUGUCUAACUGAUUUUCUAAAUGUUGAGUGGAAAGCAAAGUUGGAAGUUAAAAAACAUUUUCUUACAAUUAGUGUCAUAUUUGAAAAUUGGUUAUUUAAAUAUGUAUAUGUAAAUAUAUGUAUUUGGUAUUGGUUUGGAUUCAUAGCUUUUAUAAGAUAUAAAAAUGCUUAUGUGUUCGAUGUAGACCGUACUAAAGUCUAGUUCAGAUUCACAUACAAUUGCCGCAGAGAAUCCGCUGAAAAAUAUACUUAUACUAGUAUAUAAGUACUUGUAUACAAACAUUGCAUAGCGAAAUCGUGCUACAGUCGCUUGGCGGACAAUUUCUGUUAGUCUGGGCUAGGUUACAUGAACCAGCGUACACACUCGUAUAUGGGAUCGUCUAAAUAUCUGUAAUGUAUUACCUAUAAGCAUGUGAAAAAAUAUGUGUAUAGAAGGUAUAUUAGCUUCUUAAAAAGUUUUACAUACUUUCAGAAUAAAAUAUUUUUAGGUUAAACGAUGGGAACACUAUUACAUUUCUGUUUAUAUUCUUUAUAUGAAUGUAAAAUAGGAUUAUGGGAUAACCUUCGAAUAUGAUAAAAAUUGAUCUUCAGAAAAAUUAUUUCUCUAUCAUUUUGUUUUUCCUUUUGAGCAAUUUAAUUUGCUCUAAAUAGUUUCUUUAUGUACUGAUAAUUAAUCAAUUAGAGAUAUUUACGUGACCCCAUUGAAAUGCUCUACUUGGUACACACAUAUAAUACAGUAUGUUUUGUCUUUUUUUAGCAGUAUAAUCGAAGAACGAAGUUACUUAUGCGAAAAUUGUUUGAUUUGAAAGAGAAAAUAACGUAGUACUUCUAAAUCUUACAAUCUUGUUAAUUGGAUCGGAUGGAACAUCGUAGAUUACUUUUGUUCUUUUGCAUUAAAAAUAUCAUAGCAUGAAAAUUCAAAUUACAUUGCAUUCAUGUUGUACUGUACUUUAAAAUGAAUUUAAUGAGUUAAACUUAAACAGUACUUAUUUAUUAUCAAUUGUAUCGUUAUUAAUUGACGUUCAAGUAAUGUAAUAAAAAUAAAACAACGCUGGUAGAAAAUAUUUAUAAUUCAUCAUAUAAAUCAUUAUUUAAGUUUAUCGUUAGAUUUCUUCAAAUAAAACAUUUUGAAUGCUGCAUUCUUAAAGUAUUAUCAAUUCUAAAUGAUGUGAAAUUAACAAGAUUAAUACGGGAUUUAUAUUUUGUAGUAAAUUUAAUACAUUUAAUAUGUUUGUAACUAAAUUUAACUCAUACCGUUGGUUUUGUUAUUUUAUAUUUCUAAAUUUAUGUAAGUAACGAAUUACAAAUAGUUAGAAAUACAGAAAAAUAAAUCUGUAUAUAUGAAAGUAUACAAGUACAUACAUAUACAUACGUAUACUUCAAUUUAUACGUAUUGUUAGUGAUUAUACCGUAAAGUGGUUAAAAAUCGUUUCUAUUAAUGUUAAGUACUCGCUUCAUCCUUGCUAGAAACUGUUUAAUUUUUUUAUUUAUGACAGAAAUUUGUUAAAAUGCUUUACUAUCAGAGAAACGUCGAAUUUCGUUUUCUGUCUAAAGUUUCCCAUUGACAGUAUUAGUAUACUGUACUAUAGACAAAGUUUAUAAAUCUAGAAAUACGUGAUUUAUAUGUAUACUAUGUAUAAAGACAAUCAAAUAUCACAGCAACAGAUAAAAUAGACAAGAAGAAUUUUUCUUUGAAUUAUCGCAUGUUACAAUUAUCUUGCGGUCUUAUAUGAAGUUGUUAUUCCAUUAUACAUGUAAAGUAUAUAUAUAGUAUCUUGUUAUCUUGACGUGAUUUGUUGUCUGACUUAAUAUUUUAACAGUUUAGUCUUAAUUUAUUAAAUAAAAUAAAAAGAGCAUUACCAAAGUUCUUUACCAAAGUGUUCUUAUCAACAAAUAGUAUCGUCGACUUUUGUUUUAGACGGUAAAAGAUUAGAAUAUUCGCUCAAUUAAAUUAUCCAUAAGUGAAUUUGUAUUGUACUAUAAAUAUAUUUGGAUUUUACUUCCAUAUAAAAAUUCGUUACUACUAAUAACUAGGAGUAGAGGGUCGCAAAAGUUUGCAUGCUUUUGUUUAGUAUCAGCGUAAUAUAUACGCAUUAAACAACCUAUACAUAAUAAAUAUAUACAUAUGUAUGUAAAUUGAUAAUAUAGAAUGAAUGCCAGAUGACUACAAAUACAUAUUUGUAGUGACAAUACAUUUAUCACCUGCAAUUUAUUAAGUAUAUACAAUGAUAUAUCGCAAUUAUAAAUAUAUUAAUAUCCAUUUUCUAAAAAACUUCAUUACAUUUAUGUUGUAUAAGUAAAAUCCACAAAUCCGAAGAAUUGUCAAACCUUUAUAGCAAAUGAAGUUGUGUAUUAAACUAAUUGUUUUUAUUACGGUAUUAUCAUAUAAUCGCAUCCCUCCACUCUGAAAUUAGAUGCAAACAUAGUUAUAAUAUCAUAUUUGUUCGUAAUGAUACAUUUUGAUAAAGUUUAAAUAACGCUCUUAAAUUUUUUCGAACUUGAAUGUAAACAUAAAUACGUUCAGGAAAGACUUUUAUCCUCUGCUGCUACUUUACGUGUUGUAAAUUCAUGAAUAUGUAUGUUUACAAAACUACCUAUAUAAUAAUGCUUAAAGUAAUAGAUAAGAGCAUAUAUGUAUGCAUAUAUAUAUAUUCUGUGUUAUAAUAUCAAUACAUGUACCUACAAGUAUGUGUAUAUCUUGUAAAAUAUUUUCUUCGUAUUUAAAAUAACUAACGUAGGUAUCAUUUGAAAUUCGGCAAUUCCACUAUUUGUAGGUAAAAAUGCAUUAUUUGUGCAAGUGUUCGUAAUCAAACUAUGCAAAUUUAUAAUCGAUCUUUGUAUAUUUAUCUAUUAAUAAGCGUUAUUUUUUUAGUAAGAAGAAUUAUGUAUUUCUGUAAUGAGAUUAGUGAAAAAUUUGGUACACAUAUAUAUGUCGGAGAUGAAGAGACACCGGAGCCUUCCCUUUGGAACUUCGGGAAAAUCCGUAAAAUUGUAAUCUAAAGUCUACCAUAGCCAUAAUUAAACAAUUGUCGUCAUUCUAUCCAAUUGUAUUUGUUUGAGAUUUGUAAUAAUGAGCUUGGGCUCGAGGCGACAAUCAGUCGCCGAACGUAGCCGCGGUCUCGGGAUAAACGCUUCGUCUAACAAAGGUAUGGAGUAAUUCUAUAGCUCUCCUUAAAAGAAAUAUUUGUGGCGGCACGCGACAGUAAACAUUCCAACGGUUUCUGCCCCGUGGCUCGCCACACGCAGAUCCUAUUCUUCGAGUAUGAUGGUUACUAGAUGCUGACGCAUCUCAGUACAUGUUCAGCUAGCCUGAGGGCCGUUAUGAAUAUUAAGAUUUAGUUACCUAAAGUCCUUCGAACAGACAAACAGUCUUUGUCCCAACUACGGGAAGAUAGGGGAGAUCUAUUUUUUCAACGAACGACGCUUCCCGCUAGCAACUUUCCCUCAAGGAUGGCUAGCAUCCUUUUCUAACCACCAACAUGGAAAUUGAUCAAUUAACAGCAACGUCAAUUUCCCUUACUUUCCGAACGAAGACUAUCCUCGACGAAUCCGAUGAUCUUGUUACGUAAAAUUGAUACUUGGUUUGUAAGAGAAAAAAAAGGCUGAGUCGUAACCCAACUAUUAAUUUUCUUUU